GCAGUCGCGCUAUAUCAAAGCCGUUUCACUUAGAUUUGUCUGUUUGCAUAGCUCUACCAAAUACGUCGGUAGUGGACCUCGGUCGAUAACGAGUACCGGCUGUUCGGUCUGGCCAGGAAGUGAUAUGCUCCAUUUUACUUGCGGGCCUGAACGGUUUUGAUAGCUUGGAGGUAGGGGCAUGCCACUCUUCUCCUCGUGUCGAGUUUCAUCAUGUCUCGGGUCAGUUCUAGGCCAGGCAGACCGAAAGCGCAAUGGUCGCAAAGCCGUCCAACAUACAGUAUAUAAGCCCUCCCCCUCCCCAAACUCGAGUAUAGCAGCUCUAUCAAACACCACGCCUCAUCCUAUCCACACCUCACAACCGACAACAUGAAGUUCUCUACGACCAUGGGCGUUUCCGCCUUGUUGACCGCCACCGGUCUCCCGCUCGUCUCCGGCCACUACGUCUUCUCGAAACUCAUCGUCGACGGCAAGAAGACCAACGAUUUUGAGUAUAUUCGUCGCAACAGCAAUGGAUAUGAGCCUACCCUUGCGGGCGAGAUUCUCGGCGAUGACUUCCGUUGCAACAAGGACUCCAUGGCUGCUGCUGGCAGCACUGGCGUCUACAAGGUUCAGCCCGGUGCUGAACUUGGUUUUGAGCUGGCUUUUGGCGCCACCAUGAAACAUCCCGGCCCCCUCCAGAUCUACAUGUCCAAAGCCCCCGGCGACGUCAAGCAAUACGACGGCUCAGGCGACUGGUUCAAAGUGCACCAAGAAGGCCUGUGCAACGACAUCUCGCAGAAGGGUCUCGAAGACACCGACUGGUGCACCUGGGACAAGAACCAAGCGUCGUUCAAGAUCCCCGCCGACACCCCCGCCGGCCAGUACCUCGUCCGCGUCGAGCACAUCCCCCUCCACCGCGGCUUCUCCGGCAACGCCGAGUUCUACUUCACCUGCGCCCAGAUCGAGGUCGGUGGCAAUGGUGCUGGGAAGCCCUCACCGACGGUGAAGAUCCCCGGGGUGUACAAGCCGGAGGAUGAGAAUAUCAGUUAUAACAUCUAUGUGCAUCCGACUUCUUAUACCCUGCCUGGGCCGAAGGUGUGGAAGGGUGGUGCUGCGGCUGGUGGGGAGAAGAAAGGUAGCCCCAUCCCUCCUGCGUAUACUUGCGCGUGCAGUGCUUAG